AUGGCGGCAUCUCUAUCAGCACAGAUUCCGUUACUUGUUGUCACAUCUUCGACUGCUUGCUCGGACUACAGCUCCGCGUACAUUCGAAGCCUCCUGGAAUGCUCCUACGCCUUUGGCAGCACAUGCAGUAUCUUUUGGGGAUAUGCCACCGAUAAAAACGGACGGAAGAUGAUAGCUAUGCUUGGUCUUACUGGAACGCUGGCUUGCUGUCUGUCCAUGGGCUUUGCUACUAAUCUUCCGGGCUGGGUCACGCUACGAUUUCUAGCUGGAUGCAUGGGCUCUGCGGUCUUUACAUCUGCUCUUGCAAUGCUUGCCGACUUGAGCAUGCCAUCCGCUAAGGCCUUACGGACCGUGUCGCGCUUGCCUCUCAUAUCAGUUUGCGGAGGCAUUGGCCCACUGUUGCAGUCAAUCGUCAGGCAGAUUGGCGAGCAUGCACCUGCUGGGAUCUGGUUGCAGUGGCCCGCUCUGAAUGGUCAGAUUGCAUGCGCUGGCUUGAUCCUUGUCAUAUUCUUGGUAGAGGCUUUCUGUUUGCGUGAGGUAGGUACUGCACCUGUCAUGAGACACGCACAUGCUUACUGUUUUGCAGNNACCUUAGCCUCUCGUGCUGUCACUAGCCUCAAGAGUGAGGAGGCAUCCUUGCUUGAACCAAAGGCUGAGGACAAUGAGGCCUUACUGUCUGUCUCCAUCGUGGAUAUCGACGAACAACCCGCGACGAUUGCUAUUGACGACUUCCUGCAGGCGCCCUCAUUUGUGACCCUUUUGGCUUCCUUCUCUAUUCUAUCAUUGCACUCGUCAACUUUUGAAGUGCUGCUUCCGCAUCUCACCGAUUCACCUGCCAACAUGGGCGGUAUGGGUCUUCCUUGCGGCCUUCUGAACACGAUCAUCACCAUCGUGAAGUUGGUGGCUGCGAUGGGAGUAUUCUAUGCUCUGCCGAAGCUUUCGACAGAGGUGUCUGUUUUGUCGACCUAUCGAAAAGUCUCUGCCGCCUUUCCUGGUAUUUACGUGUUGAUUCCGUUUUGCGCAAUGCUCGCUACAGUAUCUGGAGCCCCGGCGACGUCUUGGGCUGUAUUUAGCACAGCCGCUGUGGUUGCUAAGGAGCUGUUUGCAGAGAUAGCAUUGGUGCUGGCCAUCUUGCUCGCAUUCUCUGCAGCACCGAACGCAGCGUCUGCUGGAACCGGCAUCGGUCUUCUCGGACUGUCCAACCUCUUCAAGGCGCUUGCAGUUGGCGUGAGUGGCUUGAGCUAUUAUCUCUCGGAUGCAUAUUCAGUAGUCGCCAUCAAUGCGACGUUGUGGGCAUUGUUGGCCGUGUUGGCAUUCACCGGCUGGUACAUCAACUGGAGGCUGAGAGAGGCUCCCCUCGUCGGACAGGACAUUCCAGCUGAAUUGUUGAGAUGGAGCAACGUGUUUGAUGCCGAGUCGGACUCUGAGGCCGAUGUGUAA